ACAAUUUACAAUAUUAAAAUACUUUUUUUUGAAAUGAGGAAAUUUUCAAAACUCAUCGAUAAUUAUGGUAGAAUACAUGAUUAUUUACGUAUAUCAUUAACAGAAAAAUGUAAUUUAAAUUGUUCAUAUUGUAUGCCAAAUAAAAAUGUUCCAAAGAAUGAAACCAUUUUACCGAACAUAGUAACAUCAAAUGAAAUUUUAUUUCUUGCUGAUUAUUUUUGUCAACGUGGUAUACAAAAAAUUCGUUUAACCGGUGGUGAACCAUUACUACGAAUAGAUUUACUUCAAAUUAUAAGUUUGAUAUAAUUUUCUUUUUUUUCAUUAUUAUAACAAAAAAAGAACAUUUGAAUGAUUUAAAAUGUGAGUAUAAACAUUUCACUGAAAUAGGAAUGACAACGAAUGGAGUAAAAUUUAAGAAAUAUGCGGAAAAUUUGAAAAUGGCUGGAUUAAAUUCAGUGAAUAUAAGUUUAGAUAGUUUAAAAUCAGAAAGAAUUUUAAAAUUAACAGGACAAGCUACAUUUAAACAUUCUAUGGCAGCUAUAAUUAAAGCAAUUGAAGUUGGAUUUAAAAGUGUUAAGGUUAAUUGCGUAGUCAUGAAAAAUUUCAAUGAAGAUGAAUUAUGCGAUUUUGUUGAACUGACACGAUAUUUACCUAUUGAAGUACGAUUUAUUGAAUAUAUGCCAUUUUCUGGUAACCAUUGGGAAUUAUCAAAAUUAUUUACAUUUAAACAAAUGUUAAAUAUUAUAAAAAAUUCUUAUCCAAAUUUAAUUUGUUUAAAUGAAAACUCAUUUAAUAUAGCAAAACUUUUUCAAGUAUCAGGAUGGUUAGGUAAGAUUGGUUUCAUCACUUCAAUGACUGAGAAUUUUUGUGCUGGAUGUUCACGUUUACGUCUUACAGCUGAUGGAAAUCUUAAAAUUUGUUUACAUGAUAAUUAUGAAGUGAGUUUAGUGAAAAUAUUACGCAACAAAAUGAAUUCACAUAUAAUUGAUGAGUGGUGUAAUGAAAAGUCUAACUAUAAUUUAAAACAAUCUAUGCAAUUAAAUGAAAUCUACGAUCAACUUGAUCAAAUUGUAGAUCAAGCUUUAAGUAAAAAGUCUGCUAGUCACAAAGGUGCUGUUCAACUUGCAUCAAGUGUAAAUCGUUCAAUGGUUCGGAUUGGUGGUUGAACAAAUCUCAAUGAUUCUAUAAUUCAUAUAUAAAAUUUUUAAUCAGUGUAGAAUAACUUUUUAUGUAAAUAUAUUAAAACAUAUAUUCAAUGGAU